AUGGUCUACGCGACGUAUAUAAAAUCAUUUUGUGGAAAAUUUGAAGUUUGUUGUUAUUAGUGACAACAUAAAAUUCAUAAUUAUAUAUGAAAGCGACCUGUUAAUUACCAUUCCAGGCGAGCGGCUGGUUAUUCAGUAGCAGUCCGCCUGGAUGCGUUCAGUCACUAUUAUUUUGUUCGAGCGGUCUACGGUAGCCAUCUUGGAAUCGAACAAAGCUUCAGAUGUGUAGUUUGUCUGUUUAUCAAUAAUUUUUGUGCAUUUUCUUGUAAAUAGUUUGUAUGUUUAGGAUAUGUACGGAACGUUCGUCCAUAUGUGUAAAUAGCUAUGGCUGCGACAAGGAAAUUACAAGGUGAAAUAGACAGGUGUUUAAAAAAGGUAACAGAAGGGGUGGAGACGUUUGAGGACAUCUGGCAGAAGGUACACAAUGCGACGAACAGUAAUCAGAAGGAGAAGUAUGAGGCAGAUCUCAAAAAGGAGAUUAAGAAGCUUCAGAGGCUACGAGAUCAGAUCAAAUCUUGGAUCGCCUCUGGAGAAAUUAAGGAUAAGAGCACACUUUUAGAAUAUAGGAAACUAAUUGAAACGCAAAUGGAGAGGUUUAAAGUAGUCGAAAGGGAGACAAAAACGAAGGCAUACUCCAAGGAAGGGCUCGGGGCGGCGCAGAAGCUCGACCCCGCGCAAAAGGAACGGGAGGAGAUGGCUUCGUGGCUUGUCUCGUCUAUCGACGCACUUAAUUUACAGGUUGAUCAAUUUGAGUCUGAAGUAGAAUCACUGUUAGUUGGUAAGAAGAAACGACUGGACAAAGAGAAACAAGACCGAAUGGAGGAGUUGAAGGUGAAAUUGGAGAAGCACAGGUUCCACAUAAAAAAACUUGAAACCCUAUUACGAAUGCUUGACAAUAUGUCUGUUGAGGUAGAACAGAUAAAAAGGAUAAAAGAAGAUGUCGAAUACUAUAUAGACUCAUGCCUAGAUCCAGAAUUUGAGGAGAACGAGUAUAUAUACGACGACAUCAGAGGGUUAGACGACAUUGAUCUGAGCGCCGUGGGACUGCCGUCCUCAGCUACCACCGACAGUAAUAACAGCAACCACUCACCGGGGUCACCCACCAGUAUACUUUCAGGUACAAGUCCAAUCCCAUCACCAACGUUAGAAAUGCACAAUCACUCAACAGACUCCACAGAGCUGGAGAAGAAGAAGAAAGAAGAAGUCAUAGCGAAACCGGUUAAACCACUGCCGCUUCGAGCGGUGAACACCAGCCUGGUCGGUAAUAGCACGUCUAACGUUUGUUCCUUGCUCAAUAACUCCGCAGCAUCCACCAAUAGUAUAAACAAUGUGGUGUCGGGAGCGUCGACGCCGAGCAAACAGCCGGCGCCGAGUCCUCCGCACCAGCAGCAUCAGCAGCACACUCCACUCCAGCACGCGGUACAGCAUCACCAACAUCCGCCGCACCUACUCGUGCGGCCGCCUAACGCGACUGAAGUAGUGGAGAAUGGUCCGGUAUCAAUUGCGCCGGUGCACAACACCACGCAUCUACCGCCCACCACUCAGACCGUGCCGACGUCGAAGAGUUCCUCAGUACCACCAGGUGUGGGGUCAGGCGCGGUCACAAGUUCAGCUCCCGGUGUGGUCACGAGUUCGGUCUCCGGUGCGGUGGUGAGCGAAGCGCCGUCACCACUAACGGUCAACGGUCCCACGCAACCCUCUCCACAUCUCACGCCGCAACAUGUAGUUAAUAAUGGACGAGUGAGCGAAACGUCAUUGUUAUCCGCCCUGAGCGCGGCGAGCGUGGCGGCGAGCAUCCCAGCAUCGGUCGCGCCCAGCGGCACCGCCUCCCUCAAGAGCAUGGCGCAGGAGGCCGUGCAGCGCGCGGGGCUCCACGCGCACCACACGGCGGGCGGCACGACGGCGGGUCCAAGGCGACCUGCGGCUCUAGCGACGGCCACCAUCCCGCCGCUGCUGGGCGUCGCGCCGCUCGGACCGCUCCCCCUCAACUCGGAACAUCAAAUGCAGUUCCAGAUGAUGGAGUCAUCGUUCUACCAUAUGCCGCACCCGUCCGACUCAGAACGGACGCGUGUAUACCUACCGAGGAAUAUUUGUCAAACGCCGUUAUACUACAACCAGGUGCUACUACCGCACUCGGAUUCCGUAGAAUUCUUCCAGCGGCUGUCGACAGAGACACUGUUCUUCGUUUUCUACUACAUGGAGGGCACCAAAGCACAGUACCUAGCAGCUAAAGCGCUCAAGAAGCAGAGCUGGCGGUUCCACACCAAAUACAUGAUGUGGUUUCAGAGGCACGAGGAGCCGAAGGUCAUUAAUGAGGAAUAUGAACAGGGCACUUAUAUAUACUUUGACUAUGAGAAGUGGGGCCAACGUAAAAAGGAGGGCUUCACAUUCGAGUACAAGUACUUAGAGGACCGUGACUUGAACUGAGCGAGCAGUGUGUAGUGAGUGUGCGCCCGCACUGUGUACGGAGGACGCAGGUGCCGCUGUGCAAUAGUUUUGGGAGUGUGUGUACCCACGAGGCUUACCAAGUGAACAUGAAUCCAUUCCGUUGAUGACAGUAUUCUUAAUUUAAUCAGUGCAGUGCAGUACUGUGAUUUAGUGUCACUACUAUUGUAAAAAUCUUCGAAUUUCUCUGGCAGUUUGUUAAUGUCGCCACGGAAUUGUAGAAUUAGACGUUUCAUUCGGUCGAUUGUCAUUUGUUAUAGUCAACUGUUGCUGAUGUUUGAUGAUAGUUGACAUGAUAUAGUCGAGUAUUGCUGACUAUAGUCGUGUUCAACGUUUGUUGAUUCAUAUAUCGUUUAAAGUAAGUCCAUAGAAAUGCAGACAAUAAAAAAUCCUUAUAGUUAUCGCAUUAUUAUUCACUGCUAAGGCACCCGCCAUUGUUUACCGCCACUAUUUUGUAUCGUAUAUACAACAUGUCAAUAUGUAGGAAAAUAAUGCGAUGACGGUGCCUCUAGUGGUGAAUAAUGAAAUUAUUUUCCGAUAUGACCUUACAAUAUUUAGUUAUAUUACAAAAUAAUCGUAUAUUUAGUUGUUUAUCAUGAAACAAUCACUACAGUGAUAUAGUGAAGACUAUCGU